AUGAUGAUGUCCCUGAACAGCAAGCAGGCGUUCAGCAUGCCGCACGCGGGCAGCCUGCACGUGGAGCCCAAGUACUCAGCUCUGCACAGCGCCUCCCCGGGCUCCUCUGCGUCCGCCGCGCCCUCGGCGAGUUCCCCCAGCAGCUCCAGCAACGCCGGCGGCGGCGGCGGUGGCGGAGGCGGCGGAGGCCGGAGCAGCAGUUCCAGCAGCAGCGGCAGCGGCGGCGGGGGCUCCGAGGCGAUGCGGAGAGCUUGUCUUCCAACCCCACCGAGCAAUAUAUUCGGAGGGCUGGAUGAGAGUCUGCUGGCCCGUGCUGAGGCUUUGGCCGCCGUGGACAUCGUCUCCCAGAGUAAGAGCCAUCACCACCAUCCGCCCCACCACAGUCCCUUCAAGCCGGACGCCACUUACCACACCAUGAACACCAUCCCGUGCACGUCGGCCGCUUCUUCUUCAUCUGUGCCCAUCUCGCACCCAUCUGCGCUGGCAGGUACCCACCAUCACCAUCACCACCACCAUCACCACCACCACCAGCCGCACCAGGCGCUGGAGGGCGAGCUGCUGGAGCACCUGAGCCCCGGGCUGGCCCUGGGAGCCAUGGCGGCCCCCGACGGAACGGUGGUGUCCACUCCGGCUCACGCAUCGCACAUGGCCACCAUGAACCCCAUGCACCAAGCAGCUCUGAGCAUGGCCCACGCUCACGGGCUGCCCUCGCACAUGGGCUGCAUGAGCGACGUAGAUGCAGACCCGCGGGACCUGGAGGCGUUCGCCGAGCGCUUCAAGCAGCGACGCAUCAAACUGGGAGUGACCCAGGCAGAUGUGGGUUCGGCACUAGCCAACCUCAAGAUCCCGGGUGUGGGCUCGCUCAGCCAGAGCACCAUCUGCAGGUUCGAGUCGCUCACGCUGUCACACAACAACAUGAUCGCUCUCAAGCCUAUCCUGCAGGCGUGGCUGGAGGAGGCUGAGAAAUCCCACCGUGAAAAGCUCACCAAACCGGAGCUCUUCAACGGCACGGAGAAGAAGCGCAAACGCACGUCCAUCGCGGCGCCGGAAAAGCGCUCGCUGGAAGCCUACUUCGCCAUCCAGCCAAGGCCCUCCUCUGAGAAGAUCGCUGCCAUCGCCGAAAAGCUGGAUCUCAAGAAAAACGUGGUGCGCGUCUGGUUCUGCAACCAGAGGCAGAAGCAGAAGAGAAUGAAAUAUUCCGCCGGCAUUUAG